AAAAGUUGGCUGUUUUACAUGAUGCAUUAAAAAUUGUUACUGAGAUGGUUGAUAAUGGUGGCGCAACAUUAAAAUCUCUUCGUAAAAUACAAUCCCAUAUCCAUGAAGAGGUUCAAAGAGAACAAAAUGAAAAACAG